CGUUUGAAUUUGUGAUUGCUUGUCGAGGUUUGGCAAGCUUGUGGACGCGGUAUGAAAGGAAUAAUGACCACCGAUCAAAUAAGAACUGAAUUACCUGCGUACACAAAACAAGUGACUUGCUGCCAGUUGUGUCUACAUUCCCAUUGAUUAUGUAUCACAAUAUAUUCUGAAGGCGUGUUAGCAUUUACUAAUGUCUCCUCUACAGAGUGUGUCUGUUUAAGGCUAAAAGUUACCUUCCUGUAAUUUUUUUUAAUAAUGGUGGCUAAAUAGUGCUACAAGCAAAAAUAAAAGUAGCCCCCUUGGUGUGUGACAGGUGUGAGUUCUUUGCCUGUGUUAUGUUGUCGCCAUACGUAAACACGUAGCAGCGUGCUCAGUGUUUUGAUGAUGUGGAUACCGACUGUUUUCCUUUGAUGUUUGAAGUGUAGUUAAUAAAUUGCCCAUCCUGCUCAUUGCCAUGCCCGAGGAGGUUUUGCUGCGAGAAAAGUACGGUCCCUUCGGCCGAGAAAAAAUUUACGUUAAACCAGAAUUUCGGGACGACAUUGUUUGUGUGGAAUCAUCAGUUUCUUAUACUCACACAUAUCGUGUCCGUCUCUUGGAGUUCCUACGCCAAGUGUUUCUGCCACAAGGCUACCCUGAUAGUGUUAGCAGUGACUACUUCAACUACCAGAUAUGGGAUACAGUUCAGGCCUUCUGCAGCACACUGACAGGUACUUUGGCAGCACGUGCCAUCAUGGCUGGUAUUGGGGUUGGUAGUGCUGAUGCAACACCACUGGCAGCUGCCAUAACCUGGAUAUUUAAAGAUGGCACUGGUAUGGUUGGAAGUAUAUGUUUCGCAUGGUGGAAGGGGACCUCACUGGACGCAGACUGCAAAAAAUGGAGACUAACAGCUGAUGUCCUGAAUGAUGUUGCAUUUUGUCUUGAACUACUUUUGCCAUUCUUCAGAAAUUGGUCCACACUUGUUCUGUGUGUAUCCACAACCUUGAAAGCAGUUGUAGGUGUUGCAGGAGGUGCAACAAGGGCAGCCAUUACACAACAUCAGGCUAUACGUGAUAAUAUGGCAGAUGUCUCAGCCAAAGAUGGAAGUCAGGAGAGGUUUGUGAACCUCACUGCAUGUCUUGUUGGUAUCUUUUUACUUUCAACAAUACCAGAAGGCUGGUUUGUGUGGGUGAUGUUUGCUCUCUUAACCAUCAUCCACAUUUAUGCUAACUUCAAAGCUGUACAGUCCCUGACACUGACAACACUGAACCAUACCAGAUAUUGCAUCAUUCUUGAUACGUUGAAAGAAGAGGGUAAUAAAUUUAUUAUUGACUCGCCCAAAAAUGUCAACAGACGGGAACUUAGCUUUUCUAUUAAUGAACAGUACAUCUGUGGAUUCAAGAUAAUUCUUGGUGCAUCUUUAAGCACUUUGGUAGCUAGAAAGAUAGUGACUUAUGAGAAAAUAAAGUUGCUGCAAGAUCUUUUCCAUGGUAAAAAGUACAUGUUGAUUCCAGAUUUAGACUCCAGAACAGUCAGUGUUGUCUUCAAGCCAAAAGAAAAACCAUGUGAUGUAAUAGAGGCAUUUUUUCAUGCAAAUUUGCUAACUUGUAUGGUUGAUGUUAAUUAUGAUAAUGUGCCUCCUCAUGGAAUGAUUCCCAGAAAGAAUAAAAGGCCACUUGGUUACCUCUUUACUUCACCUAAUCCUGAUUCACAUCAGUUCACGGCAGCAGCCAUUGAGAAGCUUAAUGAAACCCAUAGUGAAAAAUUUGCCCAAUUUUUAAAAGCACUCCAUGCUUCAGGCUGGACCACAACUAACCACCACUUGAUUGUAGAUGAAUGGAGAGUUCAGUGGACAAAUAGCAAGGAUAAUGAAACUAUUUGGGAUAAAUCCUCUAAAGAUGACUGAAAUUAAAAA